GUCAAAGUAAAAUGGCGGCUGCUUUAACAGCAGAUGAAGAGCAGGCCACGAAAAGCUUCAUAGAGGUGGUGAACAAGUUGCGGCGUAGACGGGCUGGAGGGGUGUCGGCCUCGGGUGCCACUUGCGGCGGGGUGUCGUGGAACACAGCUGUCAAGUUCCUCGCCGCUCGCAAGUUCGACGUGGGCCGAGCCCUCGCUCUCUACGAGCAGCACGAGGCGACGAGGCAGCGCGAGGGACUCGUGCACUUGGAUGCCACUCACGAGCCGCUCAAGAGUGAACUCAGCACUGGAAAAUUCACCAUUCUCCCGACCAGAGAUGCGACAGGUGCAGCUAUAGCCGUUUUCACAGCUCGCGUCCAUUCACCUCAAAUAGCAUCACACCAAACAACAUUACAGGGCGUUGUAUACCAAUUGGAUGUAGCAUUAGAAAGUGUUGAAACGCAGCGUUGCGGCUUAGUGUUCAUCUACGAUAUGUCGGACUCAAAAUAUUCAAAUUUCGACUACGAUUUAAGUCAAAAAAUUCUCACCCUUUUGAAGGGUGGUUAUCCGGCCAAAUUAAAGAAAGUUUUAAUAGUUACGGCACCAUUGUGGUUCAAAGCUCCUUUCAGAAUUUUGAGGCUUUUCGUGAGGGAAAAGCUAAGAGACAGAGUGUUCACAGUUAGCAUUCCACAGUUGGUGGUGCACAUACCAAGGGAGUGUCUGCCUGUCAGACUGGGUGGCAGUCUGGAAGUGGCCCAUCAUGUCUGGCUGCUGCAUUGUCACAAGUCGAUGGCCAAUCGCCCGCCUGAGGACCAACUCUGCAUGUCUCCGCUAGCCAAUGACAACAACCUCCUUCAUCAGAAUGUUGAUGAGAAGAGGAAAUCGAAGAGUAAUUCGAGGGGCAACUCGGAGGAUGAGGAUGAGGAUGACCUGGAGAUAGCAACGCAACAACAACAGCAGCAGGAACAGUCUGACAACAAUGGCGGCGAGGCGUGGGCCAGGAGAGAGCCCGGCAACAACUCAGGCGCGGUCUCGCCUCUGCCAGCUGCCUCAUCAGCCAGCAGCGGCUUCUCGGAUGACGACAGCCUUCACUGUGACGGGGGCGGAGGAGGCGGAGGUGGAGGUGUGAGCUUGGAGCAGUUUGUGGAGGCGGUGCAAGCCAAGGGGCGGCAAGCGCUAUGCGCCGAGUAUGCUGAGCUCAAAGCACGGCCCCCGCAGGGCACUUUCAACCAUGCCAAGUUGCGUAACAAUUUGCCAAAGAACCGUUACACGGAUGUGCUGUGCUACGACCACAGUCGUGUGAUCCUGUCGCAGGUUGACGAUGAUCCGACAUCCGACUACAUAAACGCCAACUUUGUCGACGGAUACAAGCAACGAAAUGCCUUCAUAUCCACGCAAGGUCCUCUGCCGAAGACUUGCGCCGAUUUCUGGCGCAUGAUCUGGGAGCAGCAGACGCUGGUGGUGGUGAUGACGACGCGAGUGAUGGAGCGAGGACGCACCAAGUGCGCCCAGUACUGGCCCGAGGAUGAGGGUGCCGUUGCGGAGCACGGGCACUUCACUGUCACCUGUCAGGCCAGCGAGCCACAUCCCGACUAUGUCAUAUCGUCGCUACUGCUCACCAACACAAAGACGGAGGAGAGUCGCUCAGUGCACCACUACCAGUUCACGUCGUGGCCUGACUACGGCGUUCCGCACUCGGCACUAGCCAUGCUCGACUUCCUGGCCAAGGUGCGCCAAUGUCAGGCGGCCAUGUUGGCAGCACUGGGUGACACGUGGGCUGGCCACGUGCGUGGACCUCCCAUACUCGUGCACUGCUCGGCAGGCAUCGGACGCACCGGUACAUUUUGCACACUGGACAUUUGCAUAUCGAGGCUGGAGGACGCGGGAACUGUGGACGUGCGCAGCACAGUGGAGCGAAUUCGCGCGCAACGAGCGUUCUCCAUUCAAAUGCCCGACCAAUAUGUGUUCUGCCAUCUGGCGCUCAUUGAGUAUGCGCUCUCCAAGAACUUGCUGCCAACGCCGCCAGAUCUCGCCACCUUCCAGGAGCUCAGCGAGGAGUCUGACUAGACGCAGUACUGUCACAGCAGGCUAGAUGCACUAUUUGCGACGACAGCUUGCUGGGCAAAGUGUUGUGAGACCAACAGGUGGGAGUGACUGGAAGGAGUAUCUUUGCAGCUUGCUAGAUUGAGUACUUUGACAAGUUGCUGUGAAUGGAAUAUUGUUGGACCAACAGGUGGGAGUGACUGGAAGGAGUAUCUUUGCAGCUUGCUAGAUUGAGUACUUUGACAAGUUGCUGUGAAUGGAAUAUUGUUGGACCAACAGGUGGGAGUGA